GUCAGGACGAAGAUAAGCCGUGAGCCAGUGUUUCUAUUUAGAACUGUCCGCUGAAUUAUAUCUAAGCAAAUUUUUGUCUAUAAAGGUCAACUGACCAUCCACACAGCCACCGCCGGCUGACGACUGCUGUGGUGAGCACCGCCCCGGGGUUUGGGGCGACGUCACUGGAUUGACCGGACUGCCUACCGCUCAUUGGAUGAAUUGGGCCAGAAACCGAUGGACACCUGUUCAGCGAAAACGCAUCGUACUGGGGACUUAAUAGUCGAUGUUUGAAGUUGCCGACGCGACGCAGAAGCAUUUCGCUUCCUCCGCCCUACCCCUUCUGGCUUUGUUUGUUUGCUUUCCGGUUCCUGCGUUGCCAGGUUACACCCAAGAAGCCUGACCUCUACAGCUUUGAGAAACAAGAAUGGCAACGAGGCCGCAGCCCGAAGCAAGGUCCCUCUCAGCCAUCAACUAUCUCGCCGCCAACCCGCCCCAAUACCCCUACCACCCAGACCUGCGCGAAUCGCUAACUCUGUAUAUCUCGCGAGUUCCUGGGACGCAAGACGUCAUCCUUUCUACCUUUCGGCCACUGAAGAAUAAUGUGACUGCUGAGGACGUCGCAAGUUCCCUCUAUUAUUUCCACCUUGACUCACCUCAAGAUGGGCUGCUGGCCGUCCCGACACAGUCCGAGAGCGGUGUCUCACCUCGGUCUAGCAGCGAGAGUGCAAGAAGUGCGAUUCCGCGGAAGCCGUUGCCUGCAUCGGCCAAGGUCCUAAGACCGGAAAGUGGUGUCAUCACCAGCAGCGAGCCACAUCAUGCGUUGGCAGCAACAUCUACUCUUGUCAAUCCUGAGUUAUCACAUCAUCCAUCCCGCCAAAGCCAAGGAGAGUCACGAGACGACGUUGUUGAGGGAUACCGAGAAAACCCCAUGUUCCGCACGCGGCGAUCUGGAGGCCCACAUGAACAUGACGCACCGGACCUCCCUCCUCGCCCAACCCCGCCAGCUGCGAUGAUACAGCGCAGCAGAACACCACCAGGGUCGUGGGGUACUGCUGUCCACGGCGAUAACCAUCGUCCAACAUCCGGCACCACGCCCCAUCGCCGUCCGGUGACUCCGACUCAACCAACAAUACUGACUGCGAACCUGAAUCCCGACGCUCAAACUGUGCGGAUCACCUCACCCGCAUCCUCGUUGUACGCAGAAAGAACACCAUCGCCUGGGAAAACUGGACGCUCCCCGUCAUCCCUGUCGUUCUCGCUCACGAUGAUCCGGAGGGACCCUGCCUCAGGAGCGCAGUGGAACGUCGGCAAGGUCACAUCGUUCCAGACGAACGUGCCCACGCCCGAAGCCGCCAACCCGAACCUUGACUCGGAGAACAUGGGCGAAUUACUCUCGUAUACCCACAAGAUCGACAUCCGCCUCGAGACGGCGGGCUACGCCAAGUACCGCGAUAUGCCCAGCCGAGCAGAUGUGAACGCCUACCGGCCAACCUCUGCGCAUUCUUUUGCGCAACAGCUGACGCAGGGACCAGUGUCAGGACCAGGGGGAGACCAGGCUCCCAUGUUGAAGCCUGCCGCAUGGAAGCCGGCCGAGGAGGGGUUUUCGCGCCAGGUUGUCAUGGCGUACGGCGCGAGCUGGACGUCAAACUUCAAGAAGGCCUUCCAGCGCAGGGAGCGUUCAGGGAGCCAGGCCAUAGCCGGGGGAGCAUCGCCAGAGGACUCGGCGUCAAAACCCUUCCACUCCAGACAUGGCAGUACUUCGACCAUCGGCUCGGUCGACUCGACCGACGGGAGACACUCGCCGACGAUCAUUACGUACCCAGGCCCAGGUCUGAAACCCAAAGGCUACGUCUUCCUGAGCCCCUGGAACGGCAGGUGUGAGUUUCGAACCAGCACCAACGGACGCAGUCUCAAGUGCCGCCAUGUACUCGAUCCGGCGGACGCAAAACUCGAUCCCCGCGAGGUGGCGCAGAGCAUUCGCGAUGCGCAAGCGAUGGGCCGGUCCCGCGGCGACGAGCUAUCCUCGGCUUUGGUGGGCGCGAAGCCGGUCAGCGAGCUGAGGUUCAACCUGCCGCGCCGACCCGCUCACAACACUGUCAGUCGAGACGGCGGAACCAAGAAUACAAAUCAUGUCUCGGGACGCCUGAGCAAGCUGUUCCAUCACAGGUCGCGGAGCAGCGAGGAGGAGUCCGACGAUGGUGGUGACGACGACGGGUACGGCAAUAGCAACACGCCCAUGGAUUUGAGCUUAGGAAAGGAGAAUGCUGGCGGCGGAAACGGAGGAAAGAGAGCCAAGCUGGGAAAGCUCAUCAUCCACGAUGAAGGGCUGAAAAUGCUGGAUUUGGUCGUGGCAGCGAAUAUCGGGGUCUGGUGGACCACAUGGGGGAGGAAUUCCUGAUGUACCUAUGGCCCACUCGAACUGUGUAAAAUACCAUCCGAUGGUGCCAAAUGAAAGUUUUCUGUGAAGUAACAUGCAACUGA